CAGGGGUUCGGUUGACGCACCCGAUUGAUUCGUGUCAUAUCUGGUCCGCGCCAGGAAGCAAAAAAUGCCACCUGUCACAAAAUUCUUAUCAAGCAUUAGCGUGAGAAGUAAACUUUAACGUUAAUUUUUAAUUAUAUUCCUUAAAAUGGUAGUGGAACCUGGUCUCGUCUCCCAAUACAUCCACAUCGCCCUUGUUGUUGCAACUUACUGGAUCGUUUCCAUUUUAACUGUUUUCGUAAAUAAGGCUCUCCUCUCUAGUAACGAAGUCAAUUUAGAUGCGCCACUAUUUGUUACUUGGUUUCAAUGCGUAGUCAGUGCUUUAAUAUGUACCACUUGGAGCAAGCUAGCCAAAUUCUUUCCACACAGGAUCAGUUUUCCUGAAGGACAUCCUUACUGCAUGGAUGUUGUGAGAAAGGUCCUACCGUUAUCAGUGCUAUUCACCUUUAUGAUAGCCAGUAACAAUCUGUGCCUGAAAUAUGUUGGCGUAGCAUUCUACUACUUAGGGCGAUCAUUGACAACAGUGUUCAAUGUCGUUUUAUCCUAUUCAAUACUAGGACAGAGAACAUCUUUUGGGUGUAUACUGUGCUCCGGCAUAAUCAUUGGAGGAUUCUGGCUUGGCGUUGAUCAAGAAAAUGUCGCAGGCUCGUUAUCAGUUGUUGGAACGAUAUUCGGUAUUCUUGGAUCGCUGUCAGUAUCGCUCUAUUCAAUUUACACAAAAAGAGUGUUGCCACUAGUGAAUCAGGAAAUUUGGCUACUCUCCUACUAUAAUAAUGUUUAUAGUGUCUUCCUCUUCCUACCAUUAAUGCUAGUCAAUGGAGAAUUUAGUGUCGUUUACAAUUACAGUAAAUUAUCAGAACCCUUUUUUUGGACAGUAAUGGUCAUCGGAGGCCUUUGUGGCUUUGCUAUUGGCUCUGUUACUGUCCUACAGAUAAAAGUUACUUCACCUUUGACACACAAUAUCAGUGGGACGGCAAAGGCAUGCGCGCAAACAGUGAUGGCCACUUAUUGGUUCAACGAACAUAAACCGUUAUUGUGGUGGUUGAGUAAUUUUAUUGUGUUGGGCGGCAGUGCUGGCUAUGCUCGAAUAAAGCAACUUGAUAUGGAAACUGCUCAUCAUUCGCAAAAAUAUACCCAACUGAGGGCGUAAUUCUGCAUUGCUACUGAAUUUAUAAUACAAUUACUGUUAGACUCGUAUUGAUUUUAUCAUUUUUUACUUAUUUCUCUCAUAGUUCUGAUCCAGUCAAUUUUAUACAUAAGACCAGUGAGUAGAAAAUAUUCCGAUAUAACCAGUGAUUGAAUAUACGAAAAAUCGUCUCAUUUCGGAUUCAACAGACAGUUUUACUGGGUUCAUCUAUUUUUGACCGUAUUUUUUAAAAUACCACUGAGUUGAGCAAAAGUGAGGAUUGAUAUCUAAAGUAAUCGAUGGCUUCGUUUAAUUUGUACAUAUUAUACAUACUAUACAAUCCGCAUUGCCUCUGGAAUUUUACCCGUAUGCAACAUGUGUAAUUACUAUUGAAAUUGUUAUUCUUAUAUACAACGCAAGCUAGUUGAAACGCGUUUUUUCAAAUUGUUUUUACUUCUCAAAACUAAGUUUUAAUCAAAUACAUUAUAACUAAGUAGAAUGAAAACAUAUUUCUUCUUCGCUGGAAAAAUGGUCAGUCAGCUACGAAGUUUCUGCAAUUUUGCUGUUUAAUUUUAUGCUAUACUCUUAGAAAAUAUACGUUUUAAAACCGGUUUUUAUAGCCAGUCUGAUGUUCAACACAAUUUCACGGAAAGCUAUUUAUCAAUCAAGUCACGUCAAUAGCUGAUUCUUUUAAACAUACCUAUAACCUGACUAUAAAUGCUGAUCCAGCUAUAUGUAUUGGGGAAUCUUUUGUUUGUAUAGAAUUUUAUUUAUUGUAAAAGUUUUUAUAAUUGAAUGAACAUCAAAAAAGACGCGCAUUUACACUAAAAAUAUUAUCAAUAAAACAUAUUUAUUUUUGCUAGUUAUUGUGACAUGAUUAAAUAUAUAGUAUCAAAAAUUU